AGUAAGUCAUCAAUUCGUAUUUAAAUAUAUAUAUAUAUAUAUAUAUAAAUAUAUAUAAAUGCUUAUAUAUAAUAAACUAUAUGUUCUAACUUUAAUAUUAAAUUAAAAUCAUAAAAUUAAAAAUACUAAAAUUUUUUUUUAAUUUACACAAAAUUAUUAUACAUACGUAUAUUAAUUAUUUGUUAUUUGAUUGCAACUUAAAAUAAUAUAAUAUAAUAGUAACCGCGCAUAAUUAUUUUAAAAUAAUAGUAAUAAUAAUGAUAAUAAUAAUAUAAUAAAAUUAACUAAUGGAAAUUUAAUAAAAUUAAAAUUAAACAUUAAAAAAACAAAACGCGAUAAACAAAUAGUUAAACAGUAAAAGAAGCAGCAGCAGCAAUUAAAACAACAAAAUAACAACAACACCAGUAAUCAGAGACGAUCAUCUAAAUUGUCAAUUUUUAUUUUAUGUUUUUUAAUUUGCAAUUUAACAGCGUCUUGCACAUUUAUUGCAAAACUAAUUAAUAAACAAAAAUUAAAGUUCAAAUCUAGAAAAAUCAACAAAAGGGAAGUAAAAACACUUAAAAAUCAUUUCCUUUUACCAUUUUUAUGUUUUGCUCGUUAUUUUCGUUUUUAUAUUUUUUUCCUUCUGUUUUUGUUUGUUUGUUUAAAAUAAAUUUUUUAUGUAACUAAAAAACACAAAUAAAAAAAUUCAAAAUUUUAUAAAAUCUAAAAAUAAAAAGUUUUCAAAAUAUUUAAUAAGCAAGUGAUUGUCUUAAGGAAAAAAAGCGAAAGAAGUAAUAGAAAACAAAAAGAAAAAAGCAAUCUUAAAAAAAAAUAAACAGGAAAAAAUAUCGAAAAACAAAUUUGUUUUGUAAUGAGAACCAACCAAGAAAAUGGUACUGAAGAUGACGAGAAGGGGAAAUUAUUUGUUGGCGGAUUGUCAUGGGAAACAACCCAUGACAAUUUACAACGAUAUUUUUGCCGUUUCGGUGAAGUUAUCGAUUGUGUUGUGAUGAAAAACAAUGAAUCUGGAAGAUCUAGAGGUUUUGGAUUUGUAACAUUUGCAGAUCCAAAUAUUGUUGAUUGUGUUUUACGUAGUGGUCCACAUUCAUUAGAUGGAAGAACAAUAGAUCCAAAAAUUUGUAAUCCGCGUACACUACAGAAACCAAAAAAAACUGGUGGAUACCCGAAAGUAUUUUUAGGUGGUUUACCAUCUAAUAUAACUGAAACAGAUUUAAGAUUAUUUUUUGGACGUUAUGGUAAAGUAAUGGAAAUAGUCAUAAUGUAUGAUCAAGAGAAAAAAAAAUCUAGAGGAUUCGGUUUUUUAUCAUUUCAAGAUGAGGUUUCUGUUGAACGUAUAACAAAUGAACAUUUUGUUAACUUAAAUGGCAAACAAGUAGAAAUAAAAAAAGCUGAACCACGUGAUGGAUCUCAUACUCAUUCAAAAAUAAAUAAUGCAAAUACACAUAAUAAUAUGACAACAGAUGGUGGUAAUAGUACUGUUAAUCAAAAUGCUUCAAAUACAAAUGUAGGUGGUAAUUUACAAGUACGAUCUUCAAGCGCUAUUAGUAUGGGUGUGGGUGGUAUAAGUAAUACAAAUAAUAGUGUAACUGGUAUAAGUGGACAUACAAAUUUAAAUACCAAUAAUGGAACUGGUUCAAUACCAAAUAGUAUGUUAAGCGGCCAAAAUUUAAACGAUAGCAACCAUUGGGGAGGCCCAAGUGGAAUUAAUCAUAAUAAUUUUGGUGUAAAUAUAGGUAAUAGCAGUAUUGGAGGUAGUAUGAUGGGUGGCAAUGGACUAACACCCCCUGGUAAUUCGCAUCAUUUACAAAAUCUUCCACCAGGUUGUAAUAGCGGUCCAAAUGCAAAUAGUUCAAAUAAUGGUCCUUUAAGUGCUAACGGAAAAAAUGGCAAUGGGAACGGUCCAAUGUCUGCUGUUGCAGCAGCAACUGCUGGUAUGUUGCAAGGGCCAAAUGGCCAAAUAAAUACUGGUCCACCAAUGAAUGCAGCAGCAAUGCAAGCAGCUAUGAACGCCCCAAAUAUGAUGCAAAGUUAUCAAGGAUGGGGCACUCCACCUCAACAGCAAAAUUAUAAUUAUAAUCAACCUAAUGCUCCAGGUUCAUAUCAGGGAUGGGGAGCACCACCACCAGGUCACCAAGGUCCCCCGCCACCACCACAAUGGAAUAAUUAUGCAGCACAAGCACAACAAGCGCAAGGAUAUCAAGGAUAUGGACCAAAUAAUGCCUCUGGUAACGCUUCCUGGAAUUCAUGGAGCAUGCAGCAGAGCUCGCAUGGUGCAGGUGGAACAGGUGAUAUGUAUACGCGAGCCCAAAGUGGUAGUGGUGGGCCACCUAAUGCAAUACCAUCGCAUGGCCCACCUCCAAAUGGACAUACAAUUUCAUUAGGAAAAACAUCAGCAAAUGAUUUUACAGGCUAUGGCAAUGGUGGAGGAUAUGGUAACUUUUCGGGUGAUCAAACAAAUUCAUAUGGAGCAAGAUCGUAUGGAAGUGAUAAUGGACCCCAACCUCUUCCAUUUAAACAAGGACCUCUACAAUCUCAAGGCAUCGUUCCAAAUCUAAACUGGAUGACUGAUUUGCCUUAUUUAUUUCAAUAAUGUGUAAUUGAUUAGCUAUUAAAUAACAUAAUAAAAUAUAUAACAUAAAUGGUAAAAAAAUAUGUAUUUAAGAAAGUAAAAAUACAAAAAGAAAUUUACUUUUUUUCAAAGAAUUAAAAAAAUAAUAGUGGAGUUUUGUGAGAUAAAAAUGAAUUACGUGCGUUUUUUUUUUAUUUUUAUGUUUCGAUAAUAUUAAUAAUUAAUUUUUUGUUUUAUUGUAUUUUGUUUUUAACUAUUAACUAGUAAUUAUUAAAUAAGAUUUUUUUCAAGCGUAGUAUAAAAAAUGGCAUAUAAAUAAAAUAGAAAAAAAAAAUGAAAAAUUAUAAAUUAAAAAACAAAUUUAUAAAAUUGCAAAAAAAAUAUAAAUAUUGUAUUUCAGAAACAAAGAAUACAAAAAAAUGAUUUAUAAAUUCAAAAAGAAAAGAACGUGAGAAAAUUAUUCAAAUAUUAAUUUAAAAUCAAAUAUAUCUGAAAAAUUAAAAAUAAAAAUAAUUAAAAAUUAAUUAUAAAAAAAAAAGAAAUAACAAAGUUCAUAUUAUAUAUAAAAAAAAUAUUAUUAUUAUUAUUAUAUAUAACAAAAAAAUAUAAAAUUAAAAUAAUUAAAUUAUAUGUAUUUAAAAAUAUAUUUAAAA